GCGAGAGCAGAAGUUGCUCCGCAGCAGUAACUAGUUCUACUUCCUAGUUCUGCUCCGUUUCUAUUCCCGCUGCUUCUUUCUGUUUCUGCUUCCCUGCAAAAAAAAAAAAAAAAACAGCAGCUUUUCUUCUUUUCUUUUUGUUCGCACCGGAUUUCAAAACUUCCCAGUUUUGUCCGGGGCGGGUCGCGGAGGAAAAGUGUGGGGAAAGUGGUGUCCGGCCCCGGCAGCAUGGAGCUGCAGGGCCCGCAGCAGCGGCAGCUGGAGCGGGGGCAGGUGCAGGUGGAGCAGCUGCAGGUGGAGCUGCAGUGUCUGCAGACGAGCCAGUCGUUGUGUAAAGGCCUGAACGACCUCCAGAACUCCCAGAAGCUGGCGGUCCGGAGCUGUCCCGUCCCCCCCAAGUCCCUCAUCAAGCCCCCCGUCUCCGUUUCUGUGGUGACGGCCAAGGCCCCCGUCUCCAUCUCCAUGGUGACGACAGCCAAGGGCCCCGUCUCCGUGGUGACGACAUCCAAGGCCCCCGUCUCCGUGGCGACAGCCAAGGCCCCCGUCUCUGUGGCGACGGUCAAGGCCCCCGUCUCCGUGGUGACGACAGCCAAGGCCCCCGUCUCCGUGGCGACGGCCAAGGCCCCCAUCUCCUUGGUGACGGUCAAGGCUCCCGUCUCCGUGGUUACGGCCAAGGCCCCCGUCUCCAUAGUGACGACAGCAAAGGGCCCCGUCUCCGUGGCGACGGCCAAGGCCCCUGUAUUCAUGGCGACGACGACCAAGGGCCCCGUCUCCGUGGUUACGGCCAAGGCCCCCGUCUCCGUGGCAACGGCCAAGGCCCCCGUCUCCGUCUCCGUGGCAACGGCCAAGGCCCCCGUCUCCGUCUCCGUGGCGACGGCCAAGGCCCCCGUCUCCAUGGUUACGGCCAAGGCCGCCGUCUCCGUGGCAACGGCCAAGGCCCCCGUCUCCGUCUCCGUGGCGACAGCCAAGGCCCCUGUAUCCAUGGCGACGACGACCAAGGCCCCCGUCUCCAUGGUUACGGCCAAGGCCCCCGUCUCCGUGGCAACGGCCAAGGCCCCCGUCUCCAUGGCGACGACCAAGGCCCCCGUCUCCGUGGCGACGGCCAAGUCCCCCGUCUCCGUGGUGACGGCCCACCUGAACGGGCAGAGGGGCGGCGAGCUGCUGCAGAUGACCCCUGUCAACCUGCAGACCCCCGGCAGAGUCAACCACGCCUUCAGCAGGACCCCCCAGGUGCUGGGUUCCCUCACAGCCGUUCCCAUCAAGAUGCCUCAGAUCAGCUCCAUGCACCGGCUGGGUGGACCGGCGGCCGCGCUGCUACCUCAGGUCCGGCCCCGGACUCAGCUCCCAGACGGCCUCCCCGGCCCGGGGGGGGCCCAGGAGCCCGUCAGCCUGCAGCGGGCCACCGCCGUGGUCUCCCCCCACCAGGGGGGGCCGGGAGGGGCCACGCUGCCCACCGCCAACAGCACCUUCAGCCCCGGAGCCGGGUCCGGCGGAUCCACCGGGCCCCGGACCAGCGGGCCGAGGGACGGCUCGCCCUCCACCGGGCCGCCCAGGCCGGGGCCCCCGGACGGGACCCAGCACGCCCCUGCAGGCCCCGGCGUGGCCUACGCCAUCAUCGCCGCCUCCCCCGCCACCGGCACCGGGGGGGCCGCCGUCAGCGAGGCCGUUAAGGUCAUCAUCAUCCAGGCCCCCAGCGGUACCGACGGGUCGCCCCGGGGCCAGGCCGACCUCCCGCCCCAGGAAGCCCCGCCCACACAGAAAGCCCCGCCCACACAGAAAGCCCCGCCCCCGAAGAGGGAGCAGGACCCCGAGAAAAUCUCCUUCAUGGUUUCCCUCGGCCUCGUCACCGCGGAGCAGCUGGAGGAAAUCCAGCUGAAGAGGCAGGAGAGGAAGAGACGGAGCACGGCAAACCCCGCCUACAGCGGCCUGUUCGAACCCGAGCGUAAACGCCUCCCGUCUCACUUCCUGGACAGUUCGCUCUUCCUGUCGACGCGAGACUCUGAGGAUUUCUGCUGGAAGGAGGACCUGGAUCACGAUGAUCUCUGCGCCGUCUGCCGGGAGGACGGCGAGCUGCAGCCGUGCCACAACUGCCCCCGGGCCUUCCACCCCACCUGCCUGCACCCGCCCCUGCAGACGCCGCCCCGGGGGGCCUGGUACUGCCCCCGCUGCCAGAAGAAGGUGCUGAACAAGGAGAACAUGUCGUGGCCGCAGAGCUUCGUCCAGUCCUACGUCACGCACAAGACAGUGAGGCAGGAGGAGAAGCGGCGGCUAAUGAGACGGAACCACGAGCUGAAGAAGGAAUGCAGUCACCUGGAGGAGGAAGAGAAGAAGCUGAACCAGACGCUGCAGCUCUGCGUGGACGAGCGAGAGCGGCUGCUCGGCAGGAAGAGAGACGCGCAGGCGUCGCUCGACCGGCUGAAGGCGCUGAUCCGGCUGAUCCAGCGCGACCCGGUCGCCACGGCGACCGUCGCCACAGCGACCGCCGUCGCCACGGCGACCGCCGUCGCCACGGCGACCGCCGUCCCCUCCUCCUCCUCGCCCCCCCAGCCCCGGAUCAAACCCACCAGCAACGCCGCCGCCGCUGACUCCGCCCCCCCGUCGGCGACGCCCCCUCAGACCGGCCACGUCCACGACUAGCCCCGCCCCCUAGCCCUUUGGGGGCGGGGCCUCCCGCCGGGACUCCCACCUCUUCUGAAGAGGCUCCGCCUCCACGAUCAAGUGUUUUUAAAACCCAACACCUACAGUGCUUAACGAGAUUUUCUUUUAAGUUAUUUUCUAUUUAUUCAUGGCCUUAAUGUAUUUAUUACAGAGAUCCAGCGUCGCCGCGGUUGCCGCGGUAACCGCGGCCACCAACACAAGCUCCUCCCCUUUUGUGAGGCGCGAUUCACGUUAACGUCGAUAUAUCGGAGCGUCCGCCGCUCCCACUUCAGGAAGACGUUUCCACGCCGACGCAGACGAGCCUUCAAAACAAAACUUUCAGUAUUAAGAGUCAAAGUAUUUAAGAUUAAAGUACAGAAAUGAGCUUUUUAGCGGAGAGUUUAGUAUUUUCAUGCCGAUGCCUGAGAGACUCGGACCCGUGUACAGACCUGUUUCUACCCAGACCAGAGGGCUUUAGGACCCAGCGCUGCAACCGCCGCCACAGUCGUCGGCUUGUAGCUCCUUAUAAGGUCAUGACUUCCUGAAAAGGGAAUAAAAUCUGAACUUAACUCAAUCGAAAAUGUAAUAAAACCAAAUAAUGUAAUAACUUUACCAAUAAUGUAAUAAAAUAUCCUGACGGAUAUUGUAACAACAUUUUUACCAAUAAUGUAAAACCUUAUUACGUUAUUGGGAAUUUAUUACAUGGAACUCAAAGUCUGUAAUUUAAUUCGGAAUUUUAUUUGGAAAUGUUUUAUUGAUUAUAUCUUAAUAAUUUUUCUUUUAGGUUGACUAUUUUACACCAGUCCAGGAACAGCUGAUGCAAAAUAGCCUUUUUGGCUAAUUCUGGCAUAUUUUACAUUUGUUUAAAUGUAUUAUUAACGUACAUUGUCCCUGAUAACUAAACCUUUAAAUAAAUAAAAUAAAUUCAAUAGUCAUUCUGGUGUUUAAAAUCCAGCGUAUAUAACAUUGUUAGAUAAUUAAAACACAAAAUGUAGAACUCUGGACUGAAAAUGAACAUGUAUAUUACAUUAUUUGUCAAGUAUUACAUUAUCAGUUUAAAAAAAAAAAAAAGACCCUCCUUAAAAUGUAAUAAAUUCCCAAUAAUGUAAUAAGGUAUUACAUUAUUGGUAAAAAUGUUAUUACAAUAUCAGUCAGGAUAUUUUAUUACAUUAUUGGUAAAGUUAUUACAUUUUUUGGGUUUUAUUACAUUUUUGAUUGAGUUAAGUGCAAAUUUUAUUACAUUUUCAGGAAAUUAUUACAUUAUAGGAGCUUCAUGGCUCCGCCCACAAACAUGAGCAGGCUCCGCCUCCUGCGAUUAUUAAAUUAAUCUGUUUUAGCCUCAGGUGGUUAACGAGCCGGGAUUUCUGGGUAAUUGAGCGUUUUCUUUCUGUGUCUCGGAGUAAAAACGGCCCCUCCCACUUCUCUAAGCCCCUCCCACUCCCCCAGGCUUCCACUACAAGCCCCUCCCCCUUUUUACCAGUAUGGAAAAUAUGCCAAAAACGUCUCUUUGUUUUUGUACUGGUCCCUCAUCCCUCGCUUCCUUCGUCCGGCGCCACGGCGGCGGUUAGCGGUUAGCGGCGUUGGGGGGGGCGUCUCUGUCCGACCGCUACAACCAGCCCCCACCUGUGGGCGGAGCUAAAGCCUCCAGCCGCCGCGCUCGUCUUCCCGCCGGGCCGGACACGCCCACCUCAGCGCCGCCGGAUGCUAAAGACGCUAACAAUGGUCGGGGGAGGAGCCACGAACAAACGACGUCACGGUCGGGGGAGGAGCGACGAGAUAACGACGUCACGGUCGGGGGAGGAGCCACGAACUAACGACGUCACGGUCGGGGGAGGAGCCACGAACUAACGACGUCACGGUCGGGGGAGGAGCCACGAGAUAACGACGUCACGGUCGGGGGAGGAGCCACGAACUAACGACGUCACGGUCGGGGGAGGAGCCACGAACUAACGACGUCACGGUCGGGGGAGGAGCCACGAACAAACGGGAGGAAACCGGAUCAUAUCAGACUCUCCGGCAGUUAGCGGUUAGCUGCUAGCAACACUCCAUGCUAGGAGGGGCGGAGUCAGAGCGUCUGGGCCUUUCCUUUCAGGAAACCUGCUGAAAAACAGGAAAUGAACCAAACAAACCAGAACCGAACCGGCCGGGGACCUGAUCCGGGGUACCAGGGGGACGGGGGUCCGGUAGGACGGGGUACCAGGGGGAUGGGGUGUUAGGCCCUCAAAUCAACAUUACAUAAAUUCAUAACGAGGAAAACACGGAGACUGUUAGAAAUGAUUUUUAAGGCGCUUUCUGCAGAAAGGGAAGCAAAGUCGGAGCUUUGCAGAGCAACAUGGCUCUCUAUGGAUGCUCUCGACGAAUGCUUGCUGGCUCCUCCUCUGCAUCGGCUUUUUAUUGAGAAUUUGACAGGAAAAUGACCAUAUACGGUAGACAAUGAACAAUUGGAAGAAAACGCAUACGGAGGUAACAGACAUAAGAUAAGAAAUCCUUUAAUAGUCCCACAGAGGGGAAAUUUGCAAAUUUCUGCAUACGGUGGGUUUCGAACCCUCGACCUCUCGCACCAAAAACGGCAACGCUACCGCUCAGCCACGAGUCUGCUCCGCCUCGAGGUGAAAAGGUCACACAUGUGACACUUCAGUUAAAGAGGAACUAAUCCUGGUAUGCAGAAACUUAAGUUUUUAAAAGCAAUGGGUCACUGGGGUCAAAUGCCUUCCUUGACUAAACGGGAGGUCUGAACAGAUGCGUCCAGCUAACCUUUGGUUAGCCCUUAAAGACAAUGGGACGGUCGAAACCCUUGAGUAUACUCAGGAAGUGGCUGCCCUGUCAUCUGUUAACGGAGCAUGUGACAGUUCAUAAGGACAAGACUAAUUCAAAAGUUUGAUUAAUCUCACACGGGGUACCAAGGUUACCCCAGGGAGACGGGGUAUCAGGAGGACGGGUUACGAGUGGGAUGGGGUACCAGGGCUUCGCCCUCUGCAGCGGUAACUAUUCCUCCAGUCGAAUCCGUGGGUGGAUGUCAGGAAGGACCCGGUUCCUGGUUCGGUUCCCUGCGGCGUCUCCUGGUGGAAAAGCUGCCCAGACGUCGGCCAUGAACAGUCGGCGCCGGGUCCAAACGAAGGAACCGCCGGCGCCUCCGAGCCCGACCCGCCCCCACAACACAAUAAAAACAUCGCCAGUCAAACAGAGGGCUUUUAUUUUGUCGGGACUUUGCCGUGUGACCAUAUCCAGCCCUCAGCUGACCAUAUCAGAGGCCCCUCCCCGCGAGGCCCCGCCCACCUCCACAGGCCCCUCCCCGCGAGGCCCCGCCCACCUCCACAGGCCCCGCCCCCCGGCCGGCCGACCCUCCUCCUCGUUUCUAAACUUCUCCGGGAGAAACUGUGCAGCCGCUUAAACAGAUCUAUUUUACUACACGACGACACGAACAAACCAGAGAAACAUUUUUAUAUUCUUUUAUGAGCGAAGAGAAAAAACCGCCGCCGGCUUUUCUCCGGCGGCGCCGGCGAGGCGCGUAGACAGGAAGUAGUCGUUGUCCGUCAGUGCGGUCCAGUAGUGUCUAGGGAAGUGUUUGUCUUAAAUAUGCCAACGUAGUUUUUCUUGUUUCUGAUGCAUCAAAACCGCGACGGCGCCGCCUAGCUACGGCGGCGCCUAGCGGUGGCGGCGCCCGGUUCCACAGUAGUCUUCACUUUUUUGUACCAAGUUCUUACAAAAAAAGGAACCAUUAAUAAACAAAACUC